CUAGGAUCGCCUAGUCUUUUGUGUUAAUAAUAGUUCGCUACUUUGGAGGGAGAUUGGACGGGGAUAUUUCGCUUGGGGUUUCUGGCGUGAUGUGAAUAGGCAUUGUUUCAGCGUUGGUCUAAUUGAGAUUAGAUUAAGAUUAGAAGAAAUCGGUCUAUUGGCAACUCACUUUAUACAACAGUCGCACACCGAAUGAUUGUUUUAUUUAAUGUAGAUAGCAGUACAUAAAGCCUAUUGUGUCGCAUUCAUACAUAACCUCUGCCAUAACCCAUUCGGUUUGUCCAUGCGCUAUUUUUAGGAAGUUUCUCUUCUGAAGAGCUUUAACCAUCGAACCAUCUGUAGGCUAUAGGGACGGAAAUCCGACGGAGUUUGAUGAUUCCGAUUCCUCCUGACUAUUUAAUAAUUCAGUUAACGCGCUUUUUUGGUAGGCUACCUUUGAGGAAGAAAUGUUUGGAAACAAUAAAUAGGCUACUUAUCGUAUUUACUGCACUGCAGUAGUGAUAAGAUCGAGGAAAUAAUUUCAGAUUUCUGCAUAUGUAGCCUAUAACAAAUCAGAAAUAAUUAAACAGCACAUUCUGGUAAAGGGUGUGUUUACUCAGACUUUUAAUGAGUUUUCAUAGACUUUUUAAGAGGGGGCAAAUCAGACCCUGUAUUUUAGGCUAUACAAAAUAUGAAACAAACAAAACUAAGGGUAGCAAUUCAUUGUUUCAUGUAUUUGCCUAUAUAAAAUAUAGCUAACGGUCGUAACUGUAAGUAUUUGUGGUUUUAGUAAAACGAGGCAGAUUAAAGUUAUUUUGAUUCACUAAAAAGAACCGACUCAUAAGAUUCAUUCGUUUGAGAAUCGUACCACGCCGGUUACUCUUUAUGCUUUUGAUUCACUAAAGAAUCGGCUCAUAAGAGAAUCAUUCACUCGGGACUCGGAAUAUCCUGGCUGCUGUUUGUUUCGCGCUGUACAUUCAGUAGUAAUGUUGGUAUAAACAAUACUUAACACAGUCAGAACGGUCAAAAAUCGACUGGCGUGAAAAUCAUUCGGUUUGGUAUUUGUUAAACGGAACCUUUGCCUAUUCUUAAGCACCGAUUCUCAUUUCCCAACUCUAUUCCCAAUUCUAAUGUUUAACCGUUUUUGAGCUGGCAUGCAGAGGUAUCGUGUAGGCUAUAUUGUAACUUAACUUUAAGGCGUCUCUGACGCCAAAUGUAGCCUAUUUACUUUAAUGUGUUCGUGACAAUGUAGAUAUAGCCUAAGGUAGCCUACAGCAUAUUUUAUUCACUCUUUACUCCUGUUGAUUUAACAACAACCAUAUCAUGCAUUUUAGGUCGCGUAGCCUACCAAUGCAUGUUUGUUCUAAUUGUUAUUAUUUUAACUAUAAACCCAAAACUCAUCCAGGCUCAGGGAAACAGCACGUUUAAAUAGCCAUAAUAAACUUGUUGAUGCAGAGCAACCCAUCAUCCAUCACUGAAAACCAAUUAGGCUAUUUUAGAUGGAAAAAACAUGCCGUGCAAUUAGCAUUAAAUUAGAUUAUCAGCUAUCUUGCAUCAUCUUAUUGAUUUUAUUCAACAUGAUUAUUUUAAACAUUAGCCUACCAAUCUAUUAUUAGACAUUUUUCCGAUUUUUUUUUUUUUUUUUUUUUUUUUAACGAUAGCCUACACAAUAGCGAUCAGUGGCUUCGGAUUGUCUUAAACCCUUACUUUGAGAGCUAUUAAAGUGUAGGGCGGGGUUUUAGUGCUUUACUUUUUUUGUUUUGUUCAGUUUUUUCCCCUCCCCUCUCCCUGAAAGCUUGUCGGAUGCUUGUCAGUUCACAUUUAGCUUACCAUUAUCAAGGCUCAAAACCAUUAGGGGACGACGGACUGCGAUUUACAGGGAAUUUUUGGAUAACGGUCCUGUUGAAUUGGGAUCUUAACUAUGCGGAGAUAAGGAAUAUGUGAAUGAAGCGUUUGAAAAGCAGCAGAGGAUGUCCGUGCUUCCUAAAGAAUGUGCAUGACUGAUCUUCCACAUGAGGACACUUAAUAAAUAAAAACAUAUGGUGACCAGAAUGAAGCAAACCCUCAGCUGGUAAGAUGAUUCAUAGGAGAAAUAACUCCAGACAUACAGACAAAAGCAACACUGUCAAGACAGAAUUACCAACAAUGGCACGUUUGACGAAGAGAACUUUUACCCAGACCGAAUGACUACAGGCGAGACAGACUUAAUAGGAUCUAAUAAUCUGGACAACAGAUAGCAGCAUAGUGGAAUAUUCAAGCCUUGGGAUGGAGGUGGAACGGCCGGACAUUGUAGAGGAAGAGUCAUUCUCCAAGGGUCGCCAGGAAGGCAAGAAGAGUAGGGGUCACACUUGUGAACUCUGUGGAAGAAGUUUUCCUUUCCUCAGCUCCUUGUCCCAGCACAUGAGAAAGCACACUAGGGAAAAACCAUACAAGUGUCCUCACUGUGAACACCGCUCAGCCCAGAAGGGUAGCUUAAAGGCCCACAUUCGCAGUCACAAACUGGACAGCCUCAGCCAGAGCACCGGUGGUGAGGAGGAAGACGUGGAUGAGGAAGGGGAAGGGGAAAAGGAAGGAGGGGUGCCAGAAGAUCAAGGUGGUUGCUCCAGUCCGACUGAGAGUACCUCAGCCUGCAACAAGGUUGUGACCGGUGAGGAUGCAACCAAAACAAGGAAGAAAGGCGGGAAGAACGACAGAACCUCUGGUGAGAAUGGCAAACAGUCAGUGCAAUGCACUGUGUGCAGGAAGAGACUGUCCAGUCUUGCAGAUCUUGAACAGCAUAUGCAGGAGCUUCACAAGGUCUUCCGAUGUGAACUGUGCCCUUAUGAGACUUUGCAGGAGGAACAACUGCAGGCUCACAUUGAGAAGGUACAUCCUAUUGAGGAGGAAUCUGUCAUAAAAGAAGUCUCUACCAUUGAGGAUGCUGAGUGUGUACUCAGUAAAGGCGAGUUCCCAUGUGAGCAAUGUGACCAGGUGUUCACCCAGGCCUGGUUUCUGAAAGCUCACAUGAAAAAGCAUCAGAACAGUCUGGAUUAUGGAUGCCGGAUCUGUGGACGCCGCUUUCGUGAGCCCUGGUUCCUACGUAGCCACAUGAAGACCCACAACACCAAGGUAAAACCAAAGAGUGACUGUUAUCUUCCGGCUACUGUCAAUGAGGUGGCACAGGACGAGUCGAACUUGGUGAACGAAGUGUGUCUGUAUGAACUCUGUGCCAAGUGUGGUAACUUCUUCCACAACAGCAAGGGCCUGCUGUUGCAUGAACAGGUCCACAGAAAUGUUGAGCUGCCUCCUAACAAUACCUUCUGCAGUGAUAAAGACUUGGCAUCUGUCACCAAGACAAGCUUCUUGGAAUGCCUAAACUUGAAACCAGCAGGAUAUGAAGAGAACCCCACUGAGGGAAUUCUAGGGAAAAGAAUCCCAGAGCUCGAUCCAGUUAGUAGCUACCAGGCUUGGCAACUGGCCACCAGAGGCAAAUUGGUGGAGGUAUCAGAGAAGAGCCUGGGUUGGGAAGAGAGGUUAGCUGAUGCAGAUGUAGCAUAUGACAGGGAAAAAGGCGAGUAUGUCUUGCUGAGACAGGACAAGCGGAAGAAAUCACUUGAUUCAAUGGCAAGUAUCCCAACCAAGAAACGGAGAGGGGCUGGGACCCAAGGCUCCAAUACAGAUCACCACAGCAAUGGAGAAAGUAAUGGCCAGGUCUCAAUAGGUGAGCAAAGCCCAGAGAAUCUGAGUGACACUGAGUACCAGCCUACUUCUCGCCCUAGCCGUAAGAAUUCCCAGAAAACCUCAGAGUGCUUGGAGUGCGGAAAGGGCUUCCGCACACAGCAACAGAUGGUGAUCCACAUGCUUAUCAGACAUGGUGGUUUGGGUGAAACCAUUGGUGGAAAUGGACUGUUCCGUAAAGCAGCGUCCAGCCCAUCUAAAGCAGGGGAAUCAGCAGGACUCUUCAGGGAUCAAAAACAGACGUUCUUUGGGGACACAGAUAAAAAGCCAUACACCUGUGAGCACUGUGACUUUUGCACCUCGGAACCCUCGGCCAUCGCUGCCCACAUCCAAACGCAUCAUUUGGCAAUCAGGAACUGGGGCCAGAGGAGUGAUGCCUUAACCAGCUCACUCAGCCAAAGCCAACCUCAUCAAACUAACCACAAGGGCUUCCCAAGGCUGAGAAAUGCCCUGCUGCAGCAGCAGCCCUACUGGCCCUACACCAGCUCAACUCACCUGGAGAGGGCAGCACUGAGCAAUGAUGCAUCAAAGACUGAGGAGGAAAAGAACAAGGGGUUGGAAAGUAGCACCUCGGAUAAAGUGGAAGCUAAUCUGAUUAAUCUCUCCAUGGAGGCGGAUAACGAAAAAGAAGGGGUUUCUUCCAUGUUACUGAAAAGUUUGGUUCGACACCAGUGUCCUUAUUGCUCCUAUGCAACACUCUAUCCAGAAGUUCUCUGGAUUCACCAACGAAUUGCACACAAAGUUGACAGCACUACGUUGGUGCCUAAGUGGGCUCCGAGAAAUGGCCUCAAGGGACCCAAAUCACUUCUCGAUUUCAAGAGACGCACUGGGCCACCUCCAUUUCUGGAGGGUAAGGACUGCCCAUCUCUGCCACAGAUGAGAACUUCCCGAACGAUUCCACCUGAUUGCAGCCCUGGAGGGAUGAAGAAAUCAAAACCUCUGACAAGUAGCAUAGAGUCCAGCUCCUCGCCAAGCAAGACCUGGCACAUGGCCACAGCACCGGGGGCAUCACCUCACUCGUCCAAACACAAGACCAUCAAGUCCAGGACAGAUGAGUUGGCAGGCAGUAGACACAAAGCAGACGUCCAUCAAAACAGUUCCUCGCGGCGUACAGCAAGUCCUCAGAAGACUGGAAACCCAAAGACAGGAAGCAGAGUGGUGGAGAGUAGUCUGCUACCUCAAGAGGGACUUCAUUUUAUGCUCUCUAGCAAACACAAACUCUCAGAUCAGAGGAGCUCCAAAGCCCAUGCUCCUCAGACCCCCGGCAGGUCUGAUUCUCAAGCUCAGGAUACACCGUCCAUGGCUGGGUACGACCCCUGGAGCAGGCUUAACUUGAGAGGCCCGUCCUCUCACUCCCAGUCCAAGAGACAGUCGACAACUGAUGGUCCAGAACCUGUGACAGACAUCCUGAGUUUCUUGAAGAACUGCAGUCCUCACGAUCUAGCUGCCCUCUACCACCACUGGGGCUUCAACAACGCCAUGGCGGAGCAAGCAGGGUUGGCGAGGUCAGGGUCUCAGCAGGGGGAGUAUGUGUGUCCAGUGUGCAGGAAGAGCUUCAACCAGCCCAGCCAUUACCGCACACAUAUGAGAUCACACACAGGUGAGCGACCUUUCCAGUGCCGAUACUGUCCUUACAGCGCCUCGCAGAAAGGUAACCUGAAGACCCAUGUCCAGACCGUGCACCGCCUAGCCUUCGACAACACGCAGUACCCAGACAGGAGACUCCGCCAAGCCCCUACCAAUGAACCCACGGAGCCUUCCAGACCUCACUGAGCAUCUCCACCUCCUCACAAUCAGCUCAAAUGAGGGCUGAAAUCUAUAAAAGGUCCAUUAAAAAUGGUUUGAUGCACAAAUAUGGCAUUCGAGGAAGACUUAAUGUAAUGUACGGCAUUGGAUUCAUUUGUGUUUUUAGUUUAGUUUUUAGACUUUCCAUGUUUCCUUUUUAUUUUCUCCUGACACAAAGCUCUAGAUUAAACUGAAAGGGGGGACACAUGUUUACACCUCCUUUAAGCAGAGACUUACAAAACACUUGAGGGCUAAAGCCUCAACAACACGAGGUUCGAGCUGAUGGAGUAUGACAGUGAGCUGCGUUCUCAAACCCUAGGUCUUCAGCUGAUCCCCUAAACUUGAAAUGCUGCCUCGGAGUUCCCCACUUGACUAGUUGUUAAACAAAAUAGCCUUAGUGCGCAACGAGUGUAGUUUGUGAGUGUGUGUGCGAUUGUGUUUUCCACAUUCUACUUCUCAGGACUUGAGACGCGAUUCCAAAGCCUGCAUUCAUUCACACCAGUGUGUAACUGCAUGCAAAGGAGACAUGCAGUGAAAUUCAUUAAUUAGUUUUGCUGAUUAUUGGCAUAUAUAUAUAUAUAUAUAUAUAUAUAUAUAUAUACAUAUAUAUAUAUAUAUAUAUAUAUAGUUGAGUGUGUUUUGUCACUGGUUGGGCAACAUUUGGCACUAUCAUCAAAAUAUGUCCUGAAUACUUUUGUAUUGUAUUAAACUUGGAAUUUGAAGUAUUUGAGUAAGUGCAGCUGUAAUGUUACAUAGGUUUCCACUUGCAUUGAGUGUCAUAUUCAUAAACCUUCUCUCUGAAGAGUUGAAGGUAAAGACACCUGACAUAUUUUGCAUUAGUGUCUUCUGAUUGGUCCAACAAAGUCAGAAAUAUUAUUUGUGUCUGCGGUUACUUUUUUGAUGUAGCCUACACAGGUUUUAAAGGUUUUCUCUUUUUUUACCCCCCAACAAACAUGUUUGCCUUAGUGGACUCUAAAUAAUUGUAUCCCAAAAAAGAAAGAAAACUAACUGUUAAUUCAGUGGUGCAUCAGGUCUUAAAGCCAUGUUAAAAUGCUCAAGUUUUUGAUGAAGGAUCUGUUUUAAUCUAAACAUGCGGAGCUGCAAGUUGUCUGUGUAAUCAUUUAAAUUAUUGAAUAAUAGAGAGACUAGUGAUUAGUGCAAGACUAGAUUGGGGGCUUUAGUGUGUUUUAUAAUGUUAUAUAUAAAGGUUUAGAAUGCCAUAUUUUUUAGAGGUUGAAAACUUAAACGCAAAGAAAUUCUUGGCCAUAUAUUUCUAUGAAUGUUGUAUAUGGUUAUUAGGUAUUUAUGGAGAUAAAAGCUGCAUACGUUUAAUUGCAUUCAUUUAUGAACAAGUCAAAAAUGAACAUUUAUCUAGAGCAUUUAUAUUGCCUAAAUCCUUGUGUUGGAAACUAAGCCAAGAAAACUGAUCCUACAUUAUGAAAUUUGUUUUAGAAGAACCUCCAAUGUGAAUUUGUGUUGAUGCUCAGCAGUCAAACUGAAACAUGUUGCAGGUUCGGUGACCCAGGAACUGAGAGUUAUUGUGAACACGGUCCUCUCACCACUGCCCUUGAGCAAGGCAUUUUACCCUUGGUCGCUCUAUAGGGACUCCAUGCUCUUGCAAUUGAUGUCUUGGAAGUUGCAUUGGAUGAUAUGUGACUGCUUAAUUGUAAUUUACUAACAGUAAAUCAACUUUUUAAAUUUGUCCUAGGACACGAGAAACAUGAAUAGCUUUUCCUGUUAGCUUUUUAAUAAAUUUAAACCCCUGAGUACUAGAACAGAAGACCUAAGAAAAUUAAUAACAUGUUAUGAAUUAAUUUGCAAUUGGAGUGUUUUUUCUUUAUGUAACACUAUUAAUUUUGUGCUUUGAAUAGAAGUAGUAGUUGAAUGUAUGGAAUGUAUUUUUGUGUGGUUAAAAGUUUUUUCUUCCCUCCACAUAUAUUUUGUUCAAUGAAGUACACAAAACCUGUUGACUGUCAUCCUCAGAUCAUCUCCUACUCAUUUAUUGUCCAUUGUUGAAAUUUUGAACUGCUUAAAUUAAACUUUACCCUUAACUUUGG